GUGGCACGCAGAAGUGGUCGCGGCAACACUGGUCACGCAGAGCUGUAGUGUUUAUUCCCCACCAGGGUAUUGUAGCACUGUGUAACGUUAGUGAACGUCGUUGCCGCGAUAAACAGAACCAUUGCCGUUCGACCAGUCCAUAAAAAAAAUACCCUCUACAUCUGCCCCAGGAGCAGUGCGGUGUCUUAAUGGCAGUUCGCAGAGGAAAUAUUAGGUACUUGAAAGAGGUGUAUGACAUGUCCAACGGCUACGAGGACCACAUGGUGGGCGACGAGGGCAAGGACGGCAAGACCAACCUGAUCGUCAACUACCUUCCCCAGAGCAUGAGUCAGGACGAGCUGCGCAGCCUCUUCAGCAGCAUCGGAGAGGUGGAGUCCGCCAAGCUGGUCCGGGACAAGGUCGCAGGCCACAGUUUAGGGUACGGAUUUGUUAACUAUCUUAACCCUAGUGAUGCAGACAGAGCUAUCAGUACACUGAAUGGACUAAGGCUACAGUCUAAAACUAUCAAGGUUUCGUUCGCCCGGCCCAGCUCGGAGACCAUUAAGGAUGCCAACCUGUACAUCAGCGGCCUGCCCCGGAACAUGGCCCAGAAGGACGUGGAGGACAUGUUCACGGGCUACGGCCACAUCAUCAACUCCAGAGUGCUGGUCGACCAGGCCACCGGCCUGUCCCGCGGCGUGGCCUUCAUCCGCUUCGACAAGCGGGCGGAGGCGGAGAACGCCAUCAAGGACCUGAACGGCCAGAAGCCGCCCGGCGCCGCCGAACCCAUCACGGUCAAGUUUGCGGCGAACCCCAACCAGGUGAAGAGCGCGCCGUUCGUCUCCCAGAUGUACCACGGCCAGUCGCGGCGCGGCUUCGGCGGGCCCGUCCACCACCAGGCGCAGAGGUUCAGGUUCUCCCCCAUGAGCGUGGACCACAUGGGCAGCAUGGGCGGUGUGAGCGUCCAGGGCAGCAGCUCCUCGGGCUGGUGCAUCUUCAUCUACAACCUCGGCCAGGACGCCGACGAGGGCAUCCUGUGGCAGAUGUUCGGGCCCUUCGGCGCCGUCACCAACGUCAAGGUCAUCCGCGACUUCAACACCAACAAGUGCAAGGGCUUCGGCUUUGUCACCAUGACGAACUACGAGGAGGCGGCCGUGGCUAUCUCCAGCCUGCACGGCUACCGACUGGGGGACAAGAUCCUGCAGGUGUCCUUCAAGACCAGCAAGGGCCACAAAUAGAGCCUUGGGUUUGGGGAGCUGAGGGGGGGUGGGGAGAGACUUGUGGAAAGACUGAUCCGGGGUGGUGGGGCAAAGGAGAUGCAAUGGCAGAGUUUAUGAAACUGCGGUUUUUGUUUUGGUGUACUCUCACUCACCGUGUGCAUGUUGGUCUACAGUAUCGCCUGAUCACACGUAGUUUGGUUUCUUUGUUUUUUUUUGCUUUCCCCUCUUCGUUUCAUGUUUAAGAAUUUGAGGUAAGGCUGCCCUCUGAUUUAAAUUGGUCGGAGGACAUUCAUGGCGUGACUAGGACUAAUGAUGGGUUUACUAUCGGUCUGACAGGCUGCGAGGCGGAUUUUGAGCCACCGUGUUGGGACUCGACAUCACCAACGCAGCUCAAGAAACUAGGGAGUCUUUCAAGUUUUAAGCAGAGGAAAAACGCAGCCUGCUGCCGCCCUGUCGAGAUAAGGGCUCGGAGAUGAAGGGACUUUUCUUCGGUGAGAGGCAACUGUGGAGAUUUUGUCCCCUUUUUAUCUUUCGUUUAAUUUCAAUUAGUAUUGUGGCCACGGUUUGUGGCACUCCUUAGUAGAUGCCUUAAUUUUAAAUCGGUUAAGUCUGACUUACCCCCACCCACCCCCACCCCCUAGCAGAGCACUUACCUUCACACGUCCGCACGUUAACCAGGACUGCUGAGGGGUCCGCGCUCGGUACCCGACACAGGGUUUAGACUGCAGCGGUGGCUCAAGGCCGGACUGCGUUUUGUACUGUAAUCCUACGACUGCGUCGGGUCUGUUCACGUACGUCUGGUCAUGUUCUGUUGAGAGCGAGCGGAAUUGUAGGGGGGGGGGGGGGGGGGGGGGGACCUAAUUGUCUUUCAGACCUGAUUGUCUUAAAAUGGACCAAAGAAGGAAAUCUACAGUUUCUGGCUCUGAUGUUUUGGGUUAAUUGAGAUUGCGUGAGCUAUUAAUGAGGUUGUAUCAGAAAACCAGGGAAUAGCAUCCGCCUUCUGCUUUUGUUUCCCCUCUUUCAAACCUUUUUGCAUUUAUUAUUUUAUUCGAACCUUUUUAUUUCAGACGUAGUUUAUUUUUGAAGCUGUUGAUUUUGAUGGUAGAUAUAAUCGCCUCUCAUGUCCAACCAUUUAAAUUUGAUUUGUUUUUCUCAUUUUCUUUUUGCUUUUGAUUGUUUAAAUAUAAAUCAUUAAAUUUUCUUUCGUUUGGCCAAACGUUUUUGGUUGCUUUUUGCUUUUCUUUAGUUUUCCUCACGAUACUUUCCCCCCCCGGGCAACGUUGACACUUAUUCAGAUCGGUCCGACAUUGACCUUACCGGCUGAACAAGUCGCCAUCUUAUUAGGGACUUAUCAACGCGUUGGCAUUGGCUUUAUGUGAAGCACUUGAUCCAUUCAACGCAGCAGUCGGGAUGCUCAGUUUACUGGAGACGGUCACGGCCCCAGGCCAGUAAGACACAAAGCACACGUCGUCUGACUUUAAUGCGCCGUGGUCCAUCUCUGAGCACUCCGGGCAUGGCCGACCGCCACCACAUAUAAAUCAGUUUAGGUGUUCACGAUGCAUCUAACGAAUAUUUGGUUAAUUUUUUAUUUCCAAGUAGUUGUUCCUCUGAAGAGAUCCUACUGCUAUAGUGUCCCUCCCCUGUGUAUAUAGGUGAGACUCAAGUUCAGAGUAACUAACACGUACUAGCUUAGCUUCCACAAGAAGGGCACGUCAGCACGGUUUGGGUCCUUGAGCCCAGCAAGAAUACAGCAUUCCCAUAUAGGCCAUAUAUCAAUUUGAGGUUUUUAAUCAAGUUAUCAUGUGUCGACACUUUUACUCGCCCAUUUAUUACUAUCAAGCAUGCAGUCCAAAACCUUGUUAGUACGAUUUUUCUUAAUAUCGCCAUCGAGCUGCAUUUCCUUGUCUGCAUUUUCCUUGGGUCUUUUUAAUUGUAGUUGUUAGUACGGUUCACUUUGACCCAUGGGGCCUGAUUGGCGUAAUACUACCGGUCAACAUACCAAUGGAUGCCUUUUUUGUUUGAACACGCAUUGACCGAAACAAAGUAUUACCCAAGUCUGAAACUAAUGUUUGUUAUCCAUUGUUAUCAAUUUCAACGACAACACUGGCUUUCUCCUGCCCUUGACACCAAGUUGAACAUAAAACCCCUUUGUGGACCCAUCACAAGCCUAUAUGUCUUUAACUUUGUGCAAUAUUCCGGGACAUGACUUGGGGCAGGUAAGGUACGACGAGAAAUGUCUUGGGUCCACUCUUGAAUGUUGUCAUUUUGUUGUCAUUCGUUUUUCUAUUCACUUGACAUGUUACACUAUUAAGAGUUUUAAGUUGCACACAAUUCAUGGAUUGAUGUUUCCUUUUGGGGAAGGCGUUGAUUUUAACGUUCUGCCUUUAUGUUGAAAGUUGUUUGAGUAUUCGACAACAGCAAUGGAGGAGUCCAUUUAUCUGUCCCUGUGUUUGGGUAUCAAUGUCCGGAUGACAGUUGUGUCUCUGUUUUUUGUUUGUGUUUUGUUUUGGAUUUCAUUAGAUGUCUUCUAACAUUGGCUCUUUUUAAUAAAAACCGGGAGGUUUUCCAGUGUGGAAUCAAAAA